UCUGUGCAAUGUGAUUCUACCACCGGUUGAGUGGGCUAUAUAGUUCUGCUAUAUUUGUACCGUUUGUACCUGGCAAUACACCUUUAGGUUUGGGUUGAAAGUAAAGGAAAGUAAUAUCGAAAUGCGUGUGGGCAUUCCUUGUCAAGUUACUACACUUUUUGGCGACGAGGAUAAAACUUUAUCAACUUGUACAGGGCGAGGUGCUAGCUAGCUAAGAAACAGUGGAGGAAGUCAGUUAGCUAGCUAGCUUAAUGAGCGACGGAGAGCAGGUGCCCCUGGACGGAAACACCGACGGGGACAAUCAGCAGCAAGUGAAAAUCGCUAACGAGGAUCAAGGACAAGUUGGCGUUAUAAUGGCAAUGUUUGGGACUAUCACUGAGUUUGUGGAAGAGAACGAGGACUGGACGGAAUAUGUGGAAAGGUUGGGACACUUUUUCUUGGCAAAUGGAAUCAUAGAUGAGGCUAAACAGCGCUCUAUUCUCUUGAGUGUGUGUGGGGCUAAAACCUACAAGCUAAUGAGGAAUUUGCCUACACUACGGAGACCGGGAGAAAUUCCUUUUGGGGAUCUAGUUGCUCUCAUUCAGACUCACCACAAUCCAAAGCCGUCAGUGAUUGUCCAGAGGUUCAAGUUUAACUGCCAUUUUCGGAAAACAGGUCAGUCUGUUGCUAACUUUGUUGCUGAAUUACGUGAACUCUCUGAACAUUGUGAGUUUGGGGCUAUGUUAGAGGACAUGCUCCAUGACAGAUUAGUCUGUUGCAUUAAUGAGGACAGCAUACAGCGCCGGUUGCUGGGGGAAGCCACACUGACUUUCAAGAGAGCAUUGGAACUAUCUCAAGGGAUGGAGAUGGCCGCUAGUAAUGUGAAAAAUAUUCAAAAGGCCAACAGUGAAAGUUGUGCAGUGCAUCAGGUGACAAAAGAGGUGGCAGGAAAAAGGGGAAAAGCAGUGGAAUGUUUCAGAUGUGGAGGGACACAUUAUGGUAACAACUGUAAGUUCAUGGAGACUGUCUGUCACAAUUGCAACAAAAAGGGCCAUUUAGAAAAAAAUGCAGGGGUCCUAGGAGCAAGCCAGAGGGUGGGUGGACUGGGCUGGGCAAGUUCACAGCACCAAAGCCUCAGUCAGCAACGCACCACCUAGAGAGCACAGAGGAGGAGGAAGAG